UGGUGCGUUUGUCUUGUUGAUCAAACACAAUUAUCUCCAAUUUGCGUCCAUGUUUUGACUGCUAUUGCUAUUCCUGGCCCUGCGUUUGUAAGCUGGACCGCAUGUCAGUAAUCUUAUGUCAGUGAGUCGCUAAGUUAUCGAAAUCGACACGGGUCUCUCCCAGACUAUUGAGCAACAACUCGAGGGCUCACACACUCGUGACACAGUCGACUGUUCCAUAAAUUGUAAGCGACUCGUUUGAGAGCGGACAUAGUAUCUCUACAGUCUGUACAACCAAGAAGAAAAUAAUGGCUUCAAAUAAAGGAGAUGGAGGCUUUCAACGCGUCGGCCCAGAAGGUCCAACAGGCUACAGUAUGAAUUAUUCCCGAUUUUCCACCAUAACUGGCUACCAAACGGAGGGUCACCAGGCAGCUGAGGAUGGCGGAAGUAUUGGUUGCUGCGGUUACGUCUUGUACUUCCUGUCCCUCAUCGCUAUCGCGUGCACCUUCCCUUUCUCUCUGUGUCUCUGUAUGAAGGUGGUGCAAGAAUAUGAGAGGGCCGUUAUAUUCCGACUGGGUCGUCUGGUGUCUGGAGGUGCAAAGGGACCAGGUUUGUUCUUCAUCAUCCCAUGCAUGGACUCCUACACCAAGGUUGAUCUGAGAACAGUGUCCUUCGAUGUGCCGCCCCAGGAGGUGUUGACGCGCGACUCUGUGACGGUAGCAGUGGAUGCUGUGGUCUACUACCGUGUCCAGAACGCCACCAUGUCCAUCACCAACGUGGAGGACUCAAACCGCUCCACCAGACUGUUGGCGGCUACCACGCUUAGGAACGUCUUGGGAACCAAGAAUCUGAGCGAGAUUUUGUCAGAGAGAGAAUCAAUCAGUCACCUCAUGCAGAGUUCCCUAGAUGAAGCCACAGACCCAUGGGGUGUGAAGGUGGAGCGAGUAGAAGUUAAGGAUGUCAGACUGCCAGUCCAGCUCCAGAGAGCCAUGGCAGCAGAGGCCGAAGCUGCACGUGAGGCUCGGGCCAAGGUCAUUGCCGCUGAAGGAGAACAGAAAGCUUCCCGAGCUCUGAAGGAAGCUGCUGAUGUCAUCACUGAAUCUCCUGCUGCUCUGCAGUUGCGUUAUCUGCAGACGCUGAACACCAUCUCGGCUGAGAAGAAUUCCACCAUCAUUUUCCCCCUGCCCAUUGACCUUCUGCAGUCGUUCCUUCCAAAAGGAAAUCAGAAAACCUCAAUGUAGGCCAAGGUCAUUGGAAAUAACGUGACCGCAACAAACUUGCCUUAUUCUGGUUGGUCAGUGAAAUAGUACAUAAUUUCAUUUGAGAUGAAGAGGGAACAACUGUGUUCAGACAAUUUGUCUAUAUGCAUAGGUUGCAUGCUGUUAAUCUAAUAGUAUCUAAAACAUGGAAAGGUUUGGACCGUUUUCUUUUGAAUAUAACCCAUGAUUUCUGUUGAUGGUUGUUUGACAUGAUCAUAUUAACAGCAUUCAACUUCAGGAGUCAAUAUGGGUAGAUUUUGUGGCAUUUUAUUGCGUAUAUAUUUAUGUUCUCCAGGUAAAAAAAAAUUGUGAUGCUAUUGUGCCAAAACUAAGACAUAAGCAUCUCUUAUUUGCUCCAUGAAAACAAUACAUGCUGUAACACUUGAAAAAUGACUAGUUGCUUCAUGUUACGUUUGAGGUUUUAAUGCAUUCCAGAAAGACCGGCUCUAAGAGAACGGCAAAAUUGAUCCCACAAAUAAAAUUGAGAAAAAAAGAGGAAAACAAUUGAGAAAAUAAAUUUGAAAAUGAAAUUGUGUAGACAAAUUUGACUGACUAAUACACAGUCCUACUUGUUUGUAAGAGAUAGGUAAUAAAAAUGAACACCUGCAUAUUUCAAACAUUGGAGGAGGUUCAAGCGAGACCACCCUUCUCAGCUCUUUUAUAACAAUAUUGUAAAUAAUUGUACAAGUUUGUUGUUAAUUAAGCUUGUAAAUUUUCUGUCAUUGUUUUUUGAUUGUCAGUUUUAUAUUGAAUGUACAGAAUGUGAAACUUUCUUCGAGAUUACGUUUCUUUCAGCGUGAACUGUAGAGGUGGGUAGUUUCCACUUUCAAAUAUUAACAAGGAAUGUUCGAUAGGAAUGUAGUCAAUAAAAUAACUUACAUCUUGGCUGCUGAAGGACGUGCUUCAAGAAUCAAGCAUAAUAAUAAUAAUCCAGUCACAUUAAUUAUUAUCAAGCUAAUGUAGACUGCAUCGGCCCCAUUGGUUUCCUAACAAGCUCGUACCUUGCACUGUCGUGAUCUAUUAGCCAUACCUAAUGUAGAUGUAGCCUCCUAAUGGUUUCAGUCAUACCUGUAUACAGUCUACAAUAACUGUUCUAUGUUAGCCAGUGUAUGUAUUACCCAGCAAAUGUAAUCCAAGAUGUGUUGACCCUGUAUGCGAAACUUUCAAAUCCUAAACUGUUAUGCUUGAACCAAUGUAAGUGUUGAUUGAUACAGUCACUGUUUGUUGAAGAACUAGGGUUGUUAUCUUUUGUUGAGGUGAUAGUGAGGACAACAUUUCUCAUCCUGCAGUUUCUCGCUGCUUCAGAGUCACAGCAAUGUCUACACACAAAGGAAAACUCUCGCCUCUGUCUCUCUGUCUCUAGGGGGCAGGUGGCCCAAUCGUCUGAAGCACAACUCGGCGGGUUCAUUCUUUAAGUGUGCCAGACGCCUGUGAUCAUGCUUCCAAAUCCAAGAGUCACUCUGAUUUCUAGGUUUGUCAGCACCAUACCCAUGCUUGUGGGUUUCACCAAAGUGUGAACAACAGCAUCACAACGGACGUUCCUCCUCCAUCAAACUGACAGGCCGUGAUAUGACUGAAAUAAAGUUCAAAGCGGCAUUAACCUCACUCACUUUGUGUGUCAAAAUGAUGUCAUAUCCAUAGAACAGUUGUUGCUAUCUUUAUAUUUCUGAACAAGAAGUUAGAAAAGCAAUGGAAAUAUCUUUGCCUGGUUUUAAUUUAGACUGUAAAUUACAAAGUGAAGAUUUGUUGCUUUAAUCACUCUUCAGAGACUGAACUUCCUCUGGUAAACGAUGGAGAAUUACUCCACUUUAGUAAGAGGAUUGGGACCAUUGCUGCGCUGGCAUUGUUGCUGUUCUGAAUGGUUGUAGCAAGACUUCUUGAGGGACCAACACAAGCAAUAGAUAUGGAUUUAAUUAGAAGGGUAUGUUCAAUGAGCUGAUAUCAAAGAAACAAUAGCAGCUAAUGUAUUGAUUCUGACUGUGCUGUAUUUGUGUCAUGAUUAAUAAAGUCAUUGUGUGUCGAGAUUUAUAUUCUAUCUUAUCCCAGGCAGUGGUGGUCUGGCAGAUCAGGUCUUGCCUUGUCACGCAACUGGUCUGUGUUCGAUUCCCUGCAUUUGUACCCUGUGAAGACCAUGUGGAGUUUGCUGUUGUGAUGGCUGCCAAAGCCUCAAGUCCCUCGUGCAUGCAACAUCUAUCUUUUGUUGGAGGAAGCCCAGUUUUACAAUAUUGUGAUUGUAUUCUGUACAACCAGUUCUAGCACCAUUACUUUACAUAAUGUGUUGUGCAUAAUUUAACCAACUUGUGAUGCACUGUUCAGUUGGCCACCUUUUAAUCUUACAAUAUACUUCUUUGUUUUCUGUAUCUAUCCACUUGUUUCUUUUGUAUUUAUUGUUUGAUUGUCAUGGUUCCCUCUCCAAUAAAUUAAUAACAUUGCUCAAAAUAUUUUUGCAUUGUAACUUGCACUCAUCUACACCAGUUUAACAAUUUUUGAAAAAAGGAUAUUUUGCGUACCAGACUUUUUCAGAAAUUCCAACAACUUAACACUUUCUGUUUGGUUAGAGUCUUUGUUUUGUGUACUUCCAAUUAAGAACAUAUUUAUUCCUUUUCUUUGAUGAAAUCAUCAGCAAAGAAGCAUACAAAUUUUAUAAUUUGAAAGAAAUUGGAAAUCAACUUUUAUUGAGGUAAUCUUAAACUACUCUAUUGAUUAUUUUUCCGUUUCGGAUGUUGAUUUUAGUCUGUAUUGCAUUUAUCUGUGAUGUUUUCAGAUUGCUUCAAACUUCAUUCGCUGAUAUGCAAAAAUGAAAUCACUCUAUAAAAGCAAUAAUAUUUAAGUGAGAAACCGCCUACAAUUCGAGCUAUGGGGUGUACUUUUUUCGUACUAUUUUAUAACAUUUUUGUACAAAAAAGUCUAUGGGAAAUGCACAAGUGGAUCCCCUGAAAACUAUUAUUGUAACACUUACUUCCAACAAUGGUUCACCAAAGUGAAUCUCUUCAACUUCAUUUGGAACUACCAGUUUUACAGUGUUUCCUGGCCAUUUUAUACUGAAUUAGUGGUAGUGUGUUAAAAACCUGCCCACCAUGAAAUGUUUCGUCUCCACUGUGUGCAACCCCUCCCUUCUGUUGUUCAUGGUUCUUGGUGGUUUGCGAGGUCACUGUGUUCAGACUUUUCUACAUUUUAAAUGAUGAUCAAAUUCUAUGCUCAAGGAUUAUUUGUUAACCAUCCAUCAUAAUAUGUAUUCUAUCGUUCAGUUUGAUAUUUGAAUAAAAUUUAAAGGAAAACCA